GUUUUUUAUUGUACCAGUGGUACUCCCGUAUAAAUCUUGCAGACUCGGUGCGGUAUAAGGCCCCGGGUUUUUCCAGAUAUUUUUUUUUUCUAUUGCUACUUUUUUGCUAUUUAACAUCAUCAGCCAAUGAGAUCAUGCCACAUGACCAAAUAAUUACAUCCAACGGUUUCCACUGCCUCGUUAUCUAUAUAUCCGCUAUACUCCCUCUUCACAAAGAGAAGAGAAGAAGAAGCCUAACUCACAGCAGCCAUGGUUUCUUCUUCUUCAUUUGGACCUCCAUGGCACACCACCUUUUCAACACCACCGUCCACCACCACCACAACCGUCGGCAGGCAACCAUUUAACCAUCUUUCACAAUGUUCGCCACCUCCGGCAUUGAUAUUCCAGAGAAGAAGCUGGUUUGACAAGUCACUCCUUCCUUUAGCUGCUUCAAUGACUCUUCUUCUCUCUCCACUCCCUGCGCACGCCGGAUUGCUUUCGGGCUUCUCAGGAUUGGAAUCGAUGCCUGGUCCCGAACUACCGAAGUUUGAUUCAUUCGCUCGUUUCAAUGAAGAGAAUCAAAAAAAGUAUGCAGAAAAUGAUGCGAGAUUCAAGGAGACUCCAUUGCUUAAAGAAUUGCUUGAGCGAUCCAAGGUGAACAAAGAAAAGAAUCGACAAGCGACUCAAGACAAGUAUUGCUUAAGAGGAGCGGAAUGGGGGAUUGGUGAUUGUUCGGCUGAAGGAAUGUCACCACAAGAAAGGGACGAGUUCAUUGCAAUGUUGAAAAAGAAGGUCGGAGUAGAAUGACUAUGAGAAGAGUAGUAGUUGUACCUUAUGUAGAUUAAGUUGUACCCUCCUUAAUUAUCAGUUGAUUACAUCAUCUUCAUUACUUCAUACAUACAUGUUUCAACUUUUAUAAAAACUUACCAUUCAUUGCAUCAAAUAUGAUCCAUCACUGAUUAGGGUUUAGGCCCAAACUUUUAGGGUUUAGAUUAACUCAAUUUAUAUGGGGUUUAACCUCAUGAAACAAUCUAUUACUUACAAGAUCACUACAAACCACAAAC